ACGCCCUAGUCUUCCAAAACUGAGCAACAGCAAAAAGAGAGAAAUUUCACAAAGAGAGAUGAGUUUCUCUCAGGGAGACCCAAAACCAAAAACACCAUCAAUCUUCACUGAAACGCCGAGAUUUAUGCAGAUUGAGAACCGAAAAACGAAAGUCUUUCACCAAAAGCUGUUAUCCUAGGGUUUGCGUUUUUCUCUCUUUCGUUUCCAUCUCGGACCGAUACUACCACUCGGCAAUCACCCGGUGAGUCACUCAGUUAUCCUUCGCACAAUGUUUUCCCUCUCAAUCUGAGCUUUACAGAACAUCCAAUUGGACAAAGAAGUCGAUCAAUCAACACCCAUUUGCCCAGUCUACAAGUUUCUAUACAUAUAUACACACGUAUAAUUGUAGUUAUAAAUAUACAAGUUUUUGUAUCGAUAUCUUUGUCGUUUAUGUGAUGCGAUUGUCUUCGGCGUUGCGGGUUUCGUCGUUGAAGGGGAGGGACAAUAAUCUGUCGGGCCCUCGGCUUCGAAAGAAGCACAAGAGGCUGGAUGCCAUAUGCGAAGAGGAAUAUAAUCGAAACCACGGGGAAACGAAUGAGGGGGACGGUGGGGCAGGGAUGGCAGAUCUCCGGCGGAGCUCACGGGUGCGCCGGGCUCCGGUUUUGCUCGAUGUUUCGCCCCAACCAGCAAAGAAGAGGCAGAAGAUUAGGGAGAAUGUACUAUUUGGGGGUGAGAAGAGGGUGAAGCAUUCUUCGCCGUGUGGGAGUGGGGAUUUAGGGAGUGUGGAGACGCCGGGGAGUUGGAAAUCGAGGUUGAGAUCAAGGGGGAAGAAAGUAGCUACUGGGGUUAAGCAAGAGAGGGGUUCGCCAAGUGGGAAAAGGAAGCUUUUCAAGGAAAUGAGUGAGAUCGGGGAGGAGGAGAAGGUGGUGCGGGGUGAAUUGGAUGAGAAGAGAGGGGAAUUGAGAGGUGGGAAGUCAAAGAGGCUGAGGAGAAUGAAAGCAGUAAGCAAUUUGAGUGAAGGAGAGAAAGAGAAUGAGUUGAGUGAAGGAGAGAAAGAGGAUGAGUUGAGUGAAGGAGAGAAAGAGAAUCAUUUGAGUGAAGGAGAGAAUGAGAAUGAGUUGAGUGAAGAAGAGAAAGAGAAUGACUCGAGUGAAGGAGUGAAAGAGAAUAACUUGAGUGAAGGAGAGAAAGAGAAUGACUCGAGUGCAGGAGAGAAAGAGAACGUCUUGAGCGAAGGAGAGAAAGAGAAUGACUUGAGUGAAGGAGAGAAAGAGAAUGACUCGAGUGAAGGAGAGAAAGAGAAUGUCUUGAGCGAAGGAGAGAAAGAGAAUGAGUUGAGUGGGGUGAAGGAGGAGAUCGAGAGGGAAGAAGUGGAGGUUAUUGGGGACAAGGGUGAGGAUGGUGGGUCCGUUUUGGAAAGUGGAAUGGGUGGUGGAAAUGAAAGGGAUAUGGUGGAGGGUAAUGCUGCAGAAUUAGUUGAGGAAGAGGAGAGAGGGAGAUCAUAUGGUUUAAGGUUAGAGGAGGGGUGUGUUGCCAAUGACAAUGUGGAAACCAUGGAACUUAGUGAUAAGCAAGUGGAACAAUUAGAGUGUGGGAAGGGAGGAGAAAAUUCAAAUGAUGUUGUAGAAGUUGGAAUUUCAACAAACCAAGUGGAAGAAGAUGGAGGUCGUCAUGAUGGGAAGGAUACUGAUUUGGCUAAGGUUGAUGAUAAACCUCUGGAAGAUGAGAAUGCUCCAAAGUUGGAUAAGUCUAAAUGUGCUUUAAGUGAUAUGCAUAGCAAGCCACGCAUUAAAGAGGGUAGACGAUGUGGAUUGUGUGGGGGACGAACUGAUGGUAAACCUCCCAAGAGGUUAAUUCAAGAUACGGGUGAGAGUGAAAAUGAGGCAUAUAGUGGCUCUUCUGGUUCCGACGAACCUAACUAUGACUUCUGGGAUGGUUUUGGUGAUGAGCCUGGCUGGCUUGGACGUCUCUUGGGUCCUAUAAAUGAUCGUUAUGGUAUUGCUGGAAUAUGGGUUCACCAACACUGUGCUGUAUGGAGUCCAGAGGUUUAUUUUGCUGGUUUGGGAUGUUUAAAAAAUGUAAGAGCUGCACUUUGCAGAGGAAGGGCUUUAAAGUGCACCCGCUGCGGGAGGCCAGGAGCCACUAUUGGAUGUCGUGUUGAUCGGUGUCCAAAAACAUACCACUUGCCUUGUGCACGAGCGAAUGGUUGCAUCUUUGAUCAUCGAAAAUUUCUUAUUGCCUGCACAGAUCAUCGGCGUUUUUUCCAACCUCAAGGUGAUCAAUAUUUAACACGGAUAAAGAAAUUGAAGGCUAAGAAAAUGAAGUCGGAAAUAAGGAAGCUUUCAAAUGAUGUUUGGCGAAAGGACAUUGAAGCAGAAGAGAAAUGGUUGGAGAACUGUGGUGAGGAUGAAGAAUUUUUGAAACGUGAGAGCAAGAGGCUUCACCGAGACUUGUUAAGAAUUGCACCUGUGUACAUUGGAGGCUCAGACUCAGAGAGUGGAAAAUUAUUUCAGGGUUGGGAUUCUGUUGCUGGGCUUCAAGAUGUCAUACGAUGCAUGAAAGAAGUUGUCAUAUUACCUUUGCUAUAUCCCGAGUUCUUUAAUAAUCUGGGGCUUACACCUCCUAGAGGCGUUCUUUUGCAUGGGUAUCCUGGAACAGGUAAAACUCUUGUUGUUCGGGCAUUGAUAGGUGCAUGUGCUCGUGGUGAUAAACGGAUAGCAUAUUUUGCUCGCAAAGGUGCAGAUUGCUUAGGAAAAUACGUAGGUGAUGCUGAGCGCCAGCUUAGACUGUUGUUUCAGGUUGCUGAAAAAUGUCAACCUUCUAUAAUAUUCUUUGAUGAGAUAGAUGGGUUGGCACCUUGCCGUACAAGGCAGCAAGAUCAGACACAUAGUUCAGUUGUGUCAACAUUGCUUGCUUUAUUGGAUGGUUUGAAGUCUCGAGGUUCGGUCAUAGUUAUAGGUGCAACAAAUCGUCCUGAUGCUGUUGAUCCAGCAUUAAGGCGACCUGGGAGAUUUGAUAGGGAGAUUUAUUUUCCGCUGCCAUCAGUUGAGGACAGAGCUGCCAUUUUGUCAGUACACACUCAAAGGUGGCCAAAACCAAUUACUGGGUCUUUGCUCAAGUGGAUUGCAAAAAGAACUGCAGGCUUUGCUGGUGCUGAUCUGCAGGCUCUCUGUACUCAAGCAGCCAUCACUGCUUUGAAGAGGAAUUUCCCUUUGCUACAAAUUUUAUCUGCUGCUGGGGAGAAAGCUUCUGGUCAUAAGCGCCUUCCUCUUCCUGCCUUUGCAGUGGAGGAGAGGGAUUGGCUGGAGGCCCUAUUAUCUGCUCCACCUCCAUGCUCGCGUAGAGAAGCAGGAAUUGCUGCUAAUGAUAUAGUAUCUGCUCCUCUCCCCAGACAUCUUAUUCCUUGUCUGCUGCAAUCAUUUUGCACUUUGCUUGUUUCCCUUUACCUUGAUGAACGCCUAGGAUUACCGCCUCCUAUUUCUAUAGCUGCAGCAAUGAUUAAAAGUGUAAUGGUUUCUGCUUUAGAGAAGAAGAAUAUGCCCACUGAUCGUUGGUGGUCCCAUCUUGAUGACUUUCUUAAAGAAGCUGAUAUUGCAAAGGAGAUAGAGAGAAAGCUUUCAUAUUCACACAUUUUACUUGGAGAUGCUGACUUUGCUGGUUCUGAUGCUUUUAAUGAUAGUACUGAUGCUAACAUUGUAAGGUUUGAACCUUCCUUAAAACAUCAUGGUGGAACUGGGACAAGUUUGUUCCGAAACAUAUCACUUUCAUCAACAAACAAAGCAGGAUUCCGGAUAUUGAUUGCUGGAAGCCCCAGAUCUGGCCAGAGGCAUCUUGCGUCUUGCCUUCUCCACUGCUUUGUUGGGAAUGUUGAAAUUCAAAAGAUCGAUUUGGCUACAGUUUCACAAGAAGGACAUGGAGAUGUGUUGCAAGGGAUAACACAAUUAUUAAUGAAAUGUGCUAGUGUGGUGUCAUGCGUAGUAUUCAUGCCAAGAAUUGAUUUGUGGGCUGUGGAGAAAAUUCAUCAAGAUACUGAGGAGAGUGAUUCCUUUUCAACGCAUCAUCAAUUUCCUGAUUUCACACAACGGGGUGUUAAUGAGUCUCCUAAACAGCAAUUCAAAUCAGCAGAGAUGACUGAGCUCCAUUGUGCUGGCCAAAGUGCUUCACAUGCGUGGAGCUCAUUUAUGGAGCAGGUGGAAUCUAUACGCUUGUCUACAUCUUUGAUGAUUCUGGCUACUUCAGAAGUUCCAUAUACAGAACUUCCUCUUAAAAUAAGGCAGUUCUUUAAGAGUGACUUAUCAAAUUGCAGUCAGUCAACUCCUUCAGAGCACACAGUCCCUAGAUUCUCUGUACAGAUUGAUGGGAAUUUCAAUCAUGAUACGGUGAUCAAUCUUUCAGCAGCAGAGUUAUCGAAGGAUAUUGUUCGACAGCUUGUCCAGUUGAUUCAUAAAAAGUCUCACGUCCAUGCCAGUUCAUGCGAGGAAUACUUAACUUGUGAUUCCAAUGAAGGUUAUACAGAUACGAUAAAUGAGAGAUCAGAUCGUGGAUUAGCCAAUGUACAUGAGAGUGAAACACAAUGUCCUGAUGAAUCUUCUAUGAAAUUUCCUCAACCACCCAGCAAUAGAACUGUGAAGGGGAAAUCAAACUUGCUGUUAGCAAUAUCUACAUUUGGCUAUCAAAUUCUACUAUAUCCUCAUUUUGCUGAACUUUGUUGGGUCACAUCAAAACUGAAAGAAGGUCCUUCUGCUGACAUAAGUGGACCUUGGAAGGGCUGGCCAUUCAAUUCUUGCAUCGUUCGUCCUAAUAACUCAUUAGAAAAGGUUGCUGUUGCUUGUAGCUCCAACAACAUUAGAAGCAAAGAAAAAUCUGGAUUAGUUACAGGCCUCACUGCUGUCGGUUUAUUGGCAUACAGAGGUGCCUACACAUCUGUUAGGGAAGUCUCCCUUGAGGUACGCAAGGUUCUUGAGGUCCUUGUUGGACAGAUCAACGAAAAAGUUCAAGCCGGAAAAGAUCGAUAUCAAUAUGUCCGUCUGUUGUCACAAGUAGCUUUUCUGGAAGAUAUGGUUUACAGCUGGGCAUACUCACUGCAGAGUUUAGAGCUGGAUACUCCAACAACGGCAAACCCAAAGCCAACUAGUAAGGAAUCUCCAGAUAAUCAGAACACUUUUGUGGAUAAUCAAGUUCAAAGUGAGGAAUGGAGGCCAAAUGUUUGUGGCAAUAGCUGCCAUGUGCCUGAAGUGCUGGAGGGAAGCCCUCAAGAAAUUGCUGCUGAAAACAUUGAAGGUGUUGACUUGAACAAAGGAAAUGGUGAUUUAAGUUACUCUGAGAAUAGAGUUGCUAUUUCUGAGGAUGGUUCUCCACAGAAAAUUGUCCACUUGGGCCAUUCUGCCACGGAUAAAAUUCAUAAUUCUGCUGAUGCUAGUCAAUUGGUGGGUCAAAUUUUGAAUGAGCAGAAUGGGAUGAAUUCUGGCCCUUGUGGGUUGGAAGAUGCUGAAAAUCAUGCAGUGGGUGGCAACUCUGGGUCCUCAAAACGUUCUAAUGGAUUUACAUCCACAGAAUCUUUUACCAUUUCUGCGAAUGGUCUUGGUGUUGGUAGUUCUAGUGAAUUGGGCAGUGUUAAAUUAUCUGGCUCCAGGGAAGUCUGCAACCAGGUUAACAGCCUGUCAACAAAGACUGGUGUUACAUCCAAUGUUGGCAAGCCUGAUGCUGAUGAUCGCACUGUAGAUAACAAUUUAUCUUCAAGCAACACCAGUAUUUCUACGGAGAGUGCUGUUUGUUUCUAUCAAUGUUGUCCUGAAUGCCUAGAUAACCUGCACGGUUUGACCCAGAAAAUCCUUAUUCAUGAAUGGGGAUUGAACAGGAGCCAUUGGACAGUAGAGGAUGUCCAUGACGUUGUUGCAUCAUUAUCUGUGGAUAUUCUUUCUCUAGUUAAAAGAACUUAUUUCACUGAAGAUUUCAGCAAUUCAUUUGAUGGGAAACUGAAAGACAGAAAGUAUGUAGAAUGUCCAGAAAUGAGAAAAUGCCGUUGCAAAAGCUCAGGAAAUGGUGUUCUCGUGCCGGUGGAAUGUAGUUGUCACUCCAGAAGCGAAAGUGUAACUGCUAAAGCAAAUACCUCCCCAAAUAAUGAACUCGGGCUUGGUUCAAAAUUUCUUUUCAGAGAUGGUGUACUGGUUAAUGUAGAUCCUGACAAAGAUGUUUCUUUUCACUGCAAAUUUGAGACUUUGUGCCUCUGUUCUCUUAUAGAGUUGAUGGUAAUGACCAAGCAGCCUUUUGAUUGAUUUGAGUU